AUGCCUUCAGAAUCUACUGAUCCUCAUGACAGGGUUGCGAACAACCAGAAUACUGCUCUACUUCUCAUCGAUAUUAUUAACCAUUUCGAAUUCGAAGACAAUGAAGAAUUAUUAGAAACAAUUGAUGAAAUGGGUAAACAUAUUGCUUCUUUAAAAGAAGCAGCAUAUAAAGCUGGUAUACCAGUAAUUUAUGUUAAUGAUAAUUUUGGUAAAUGGAGAUCAGAUUUUCAUACUGUGACUGACUAUGUUAUCAAAGAAAAUACACGUGGAAAACAUCUAGCAGAAUUAUUAUUACCAAAUGAUGAAGAUUAUUUUAUUCUUAAACCAAAACAUUCAGGAUUUUAUUGUACACCACUUGAUAUAUUACUUAAUCAGCUAGGCAUUAAAACUUUAAUACUUACUGGUUUAGCUGGAAAUUGUUGUGUUUUAUUUACAGCUAAUGAUGCUUAUAUGAGAAAUUUUAAAUUAAUAAUUCCAAAAGAUUGUAUUGGUUCGAAUACAAGAAAAGAAAAUGAUCAAGCAUUAAAACAAAUGGAGUGUAUAUUAAAAGCUGAUACACGAUCAUCAACAGAAAUAAUAAAGGAAUUUAAAAAUAUGAAACCAAAGAAAAAGAUCGAUGAUGAAAAAAAAUCAUCCGAAAUUAUAAGAAAAUAA